AAUGCGUGUUUCCAUUCUCCUCUUUUUCUUCUCUCUCUCUCUCACACUCCUUCCUUUCCAUCAUCACUGUUUGUUUGUUUGUUUCUUUCUCCUCUCAACCGCCUCUUCAACCAUUGCUUCUGCAGUACAUCCACAACGAUCAAGUUAAUCACAGUUGGUGGAUCGAAAAGAUAGAUAAUGGACAUGAUCAGCGGCAACUAUAAUAGCUCAAUUUCGUCCUCUCCGUCAAUUUCGUCUUCGUCUUCGUCAAAGAAAUGCUUUCCAUCUGCUGACAGCAGACGAACCUCCUCCUCUGCUUGCAUCUUCCCCAAGCCUCCUUGGCUUCUUUCAACCCUGCACGAUUUAGAGGGUAGGAUGAAAACACUCUCGCUUAUAAGAAACAUCGACAAGGAAAAAGAUGAGAUAAACAUCGCCGAAGAAGAAGUGGAAGCAGAAAACACAUUUUCAGAGAGAGCAGAAAUCUACUACUUAAAACGCCCUCAACUACUAAACCUCCUUCACGACCUUUACAACAACUACCUUUCCUUGUCAGACCGCUAUUGCCAAACCAUAACCAAAAUUAACCGUGACAUUGUUGAUAUCAGCACCAACGACUAUGAGUCCGACGUGGAGAGUUCACUUUCCCACCAAUCACCAUCCUCAAGUUUGGAUAUGGACAUGAUUAUGGCGGAGCUUGUGAUGAGAAUGGUGGAAAACGAUGUAAUUGUUCAAGAACUCAACAUAACGGAAAAGAAAUGGGGAGAGUCUUUAAGGAAGACAGAACUUCAAACGAGUCUUCUAGAGGUUUUAGAAUCGGAAAGGCUGAUACUUUUAAGCGAGAACUCGAGGAUUUGUGUAAGGGCAAAUGCAAUGGCUUCCGAGGCUAAUCAUCGCAUGUACAUGCUUAGCCGUCGGAUUGAGGAUCUACAGGAACAGAUCCGGAACUUACAAGGUCAAUUGACAAGUGGUGAUCGUUUGAUGGUAAUGAUCAACCAUCAAUAUCAUAAUGAUCAGUCUCCUAAUUAUUAUCAGAAGGGAUCAGGAUUAGGAUGGAAGUUGGAGAAUGAGAAAAUGUCUGUCUUUCCUGAUUAUGAAGGGACUGCUAGUACUAGCUGUAGUAGUAGUAGUAAUAUUGGAAUGAUUAAUGGUGGGAAGAAGAAGAGGAAGAUGAUGCUGAAGAAGAAGAAGAAGGAGAUUGGGAGUUGGUGGAAUCGGGUUAUGAACUUUGAAAUGCUUUUGUGUGGGAUUCAUGAUGAUUCUACUUAGGUAAAAUUUGAACUCUCUUAUGCUUUUUAAUAUUUUGCUAUUAUAAUUCUGGCUUUAUUUCUCAUCAAAGAAGAAAUAAUUGAACCUAGAAGAAGUUGAAUUUUAUGUUAUAUGAUUCAUGAGAAGACUUUUAACUCUUUUAUAGUGCCUUACUAUGAAGGAUCCAAUAGGAGUUAAAGAGAUUCAUAUUUA